AUUUGACCCGCAGGACGACAGGAGGGUUAAUGUUGUGCCUGCUUUAAAAUGUUUUUUUUUAAGCAUUGCUUUAAUAGUGUGGACAUCCAGGAAAUGUCACUUGUACAUUUAGGCGCCUCUGAACCUUUAUUUGUACAUCGAUGUUUAUUUCACUUCCCCAAAUUCAGUAAUUUUGCUGAAUUUGAGUCUGGUCUGUAGAUAAAAGAUGACAUCCUGUCAGAAAAAACAAAUUCUUUUAGUUUUCUGUGUUUUGUAAUUUUUGGCAGAAACUGUGCAAAAGUUUAAUUCUCAUCUGUUGUGAGGAGUUUUCUUAAGCACACAAUCAUUUGCAGUGAAACAUACAAAAUCAGAAAAGACACUACAAUUUCUCAUGCUGAUAAACAAAUAUCUUUGGGUAAUCUUUUGUGUUUCAAGAAGUACUGGAGAUGAAACACUGUGAGACUUGAAGACAAAAAGAGAAACUCAGUUUCCCAGAAUCGUUUGCUGCAGUGCCAUCAGUCAACCAAUGAAACCGUCCUGUGGAGACACCUUCCUAUUUCAUGAUGUCAAGUUGAAGAGAGCGUCAUAUGAAUUACUGCCACAAAACACAGUGAAGCCAGAGACUAGAGGACAACUUCUGGAAAUGGCUCAAGAGGAGCAGAGCGAGACGUCACAGCAAACAGCGGGCAGCGAUGAAGAGAAGACGGCCAGUCAGGCUUCACCCUCUGUGAUAGAGAUUCAUGACUCUACGACUGAGUGUGAGGAAGAGGCCAGGCCCACGCUGGUGCAGAUGGAGGAGAAGGCUUUCGUGUCAAACUUGCACUCUUUUAUGAAGGACAAAGGAACGCCUAUAGAGAGGAUCCCACAUCUGGGCUUUAAGCAGAUUAAUCUCUGGAGGAUCUACAAAGCUGUUGAUAAACUCGGGGGCUACGAUUCAGUGACAGCCAGACGUCUUUGGAAGAAAGUGUACGAUGAGCUUGGAGGAAGUCCGGGAAGCACCAGCGCUGCUACUUGCACUCGCAGACACUAUGAAAGGCUGGUGCUUCCCUUUGAGAGACACAUAAAAGGAGAGGAGGACAAACCGCUGCCUCCAAGCAAACCACGGAAACCUUACAAGAGAAAUCUGGAUAGCAAAGUGAGCAAGACUGAGGGGAAAAGGAAGAGGACUCAUUCAGAUAGAGAGAUGGAUGCAGAGAUACUCACUCAAAGAAGUCCAGAAGCUGCCUGUCAAAGUGAAGCAGUGAUACGUCCUCACUCUGCUCUCUGGGCUGCCACCUCUGACAGACAUCACCCGGACUGCUCUCCGCCAAACAGAGCCAACACCGAUCUUUGCCCUCCUGUCUAUGCCUGCCUUCACCAGGUCCCAACAACCAGCUCCUGGAUCGCUCAGAUCCCAUCUGCAGCCACAGAGGUCAUCUCUCCUCUGGAGAAAAAGAAGCGAAUGGCUCAGGCCAGUCUUAAUUUGCCGCUAAGUCCUCAGAGCGAGGACAAAGAACGGCCCUCCGUCAUCCACUGCUCCCAGUCUCCAGCUCGAGCUUCUUCCAGCAGGAACUACAACUCCUCCGAUGGCUCCCCACUGCCUUUGUCCUCAUCCUCCUCCCGCAGCCCCUCACCUUACUCCGUUUCUUCAGAGGACGUUUCAGCACCGAGUGAAGAUAAACCUGCAUCAAGCUCAGAACUGCCCCAGAACUGCCCCAGCACUGUUAAAAAUACAUCCAGCAACAGUGAAGAGAGCAAGUCUAUGAGCUCCAGUCAGAGAACCAGCAGAGACCUCACAGGACAGAAUAAAGACGUUUCUCAAGUCAGCUCCCACUCACUGACAGCUGACUCAGUAAAAAGUCAAAUUCCAGAUAUGGCCUGGAAGUCUUCCCACAAAGCGACUGGCAAAUAUUUCACUCAUUCUUUCCACCCGUCUUCAUCCGUCUCCGUGAUACCUGACUGGGCUCCAACGUCUACCUCUAGUUUCACCAAAGUUAUUCCAAAAUCUGUGCAGCUUCUGCGGCCCGCUCCCAUUCGGCCGAGUUACAAAACCCACCAGAGCAGGUUGCUCCAGCAGGACGACUCUCUGACUUGUGCAAAGAAGGUGAACAACAUGGCUCCCUGGCCUUAUCAGACAGAGAAGAGGGAGAAAUCCAGGACAAUGCUACAAAAAGUUCCUCCCGCUCAGCAGAGUCUGUCUCAUUCCUCUGCCACCUUGCCGGUGCAGUGCGUUCUGUCGAGCUACGAUAAAUCAGGGAGAGACUCUCGGCACCCGCCCACAUUAUAUCCUGCACUUUUCCCGAACAGAAUGAGACUCCCUCAGUCUCAGCUAAUGUACCGUCAUGUACCGAUGGGUCCAGCAGCUCACUCUGCUCUCGUUGGAUCUGCUGUUUACCCUUAUCCCUACUCCAUCCCUCUAUUAAAUCACCACACUGGGUUCACCAUACCUGCCAUGAAUCCCCUUUAUUCUCACAAGCUGUGAUUUUUAAUUUUUUUUUUGGUAGCACUUCCAGAUUUUAGUGAUUUUUCUUUACUGAAGAAAUAAUAACGACAAGAGUUAAAAUCAGUCUUUAAAUUGAGGAAGGCAGCCUUUGAGUUUGUUGUCCCACUUCUCUAUUGCUCUAUUGCUCAGUGUAAUUUUGGCAAGGCCUUACUUUAGAUAGACACAGAUCAGCCACAACAUUAUGACCACCGACAGGCGAAGGGAAAAACAUUGAUCGUAUUAGUGCUAUGUGGUGUUCUGCUGGAAAACCUUGGAUUCUGGCGUCCGUGUUGAUGAGACUUAGACACCCAAAUAAAUAUUGUCCCAGAACAUGCAAAUGGCAAUCCCAAAUGUCACUGGUCUACCCCUGCAGGAAAAUGCACCUCACCCAUCGCAAACAACAUCAAACAAUUGAGGAACAUAACAAUUGCCCAAGGUGUUGAUUUGACCUCCAAACUUCUUAGACUCCAUUCUGAUCGAGCAUCAUGAAGAUGCAGUGGAACAAGUUUGGUAGAGCACCCAAAGGAUCCACUGUCAACAUCCUUGUGCCAGACCGUAUAGGACACCCUGGGAGGUCGUCUCGUCCAGACCAAGGGUGGACUGACCAUCAUCGGUGUCCAGUAGGGGCUGGUCGAAUCAACUAUCCCUGAAAAUGGAUGGCGUUGGAGCAUUGGGCACAUACCCGGCCGUUGCAGGCAGCAGGAGCCACGAGGGCUGCCGUGGUGAACAAUGAAACCUGGGGCAUGAGCCUGGGUGGAGGCGCCACGGGUGCAGAUCUUGGUGGUAGCAGCAAAUAACCCCACCCCCACUCACCCCCCAAAAAAAUAACACAACAUUAGGCAGGUGGUCAUAAUGUUAUCCCUGAUCAGUGUACGUAUGCACACACAUGUUUAGGUUCUGUGGCUUUGCUCACCACCAUCUCCCACUGAAAAACUGCAGUUCGCUGAAUGCCUGUGUUUAUCCUCUGAGACCAAACUACACUGCGGGGAAAUUAAAUCAAAACAGUUCUGGCGAGGGAUAUUCAGAGAAUUCCAGUGAAACAUGUACAAGUGCAUCCAAAAGGUGCAUUUUAGGAGAGAAAUCACUCAAACUGUGUGCUAUGUUUCUUUAGCUGCUAGUGCCACCUGAGAGCGAACUUUUUUACAAUGCCUUUUUUAUUUUAGAGUGUUUCAAAUGUUAUUUUUUUGUGGGAAAUGUCACUUUAGGCAAUAACAUGUACAAUAUUAAAAAUGUCAUAUUUAUGAUGACAGUGACUGCCUAAACACAUCCAGUUUGACUAAAGAUCAAUAUUUUAAAUUCUGUUUUGUUAGAAUGUCAGUCAUGCCACAUUUGUCUUUAAGUUGCACAGUUUGAAUGCCUUGUUUUUGAAAGCAAAUAAAUCCCUACUGGUUUUCAUGGUACUGUAUUGUAAAGUCUGUUGAACAUUAUGCUGUAUGAAUGCUGGACGUGCCUUAUAUCAGUGUUAAGUGUUUUUAAAAAAUAUUGUAUACAGAUCAUUUUGUCAUUCAAAUGUAUUUAAAGAGAAAAUCAAGGAGAAGUAACAAAUAAACAAGAAAACAUUGA